AAUUAUUUAAUGUGCGCGAAAUAAUGCAUUUUCAUGUUUUAUUUUAGCUUUUUUGAUCCACAUAUUGUUUUCCUUAUCAUAAUGCUUAAAAGAUGUUACAGAAUAGGCAUUUAAAACUUUAUUUACAGAUGUGGCCAAUAUUAAUGCAAUUUCUACGGACAAAUGCUCCAUAUAUAACCCUUCCCAUAGCUGCAGUAGUUGGUAUAAUAGGAUACAAUUUAGAAGGGCUUUUAUCAGACAGAUAUACACCUUAUAACAAGCCUGUCCAGGAUCAAAGAGUUGAGAGGCAAAUAGAUGAAGAGCUCUUAAAUGACCCUACACAUGUAGAGAAGUUAAAAUAUAAAGAAAAUGUUUUAGGAAAAAAUGUAGCACCAUCACUCCAGAAGAAAGACUAGUCAUUGUGUUAUUACCUUAAAUUAUAGUUAUAUAUUUAAAUAAUAUUAAAGAAAAGCUUAUUUGGAAUUUGAUUUUAAUCCUUUGAAAGUGAGAUGCUUAAACAUCAGUAUCAUUUACUUGUGUUAUUAUGAACGGCUACCUGCAAAAACUUGUGUAUAAAUCUAUACAUAUAAAUCUUCUGAUAGAAGUACACGUUAUGUUUAAUUGCUUUGUUGUAGAC